AUGACCAAAAAGAAUGCCAAUCUAGCCUUAGGAGGAAUAGCAACUCAAUCCUCUACAUACGCUAGCAAUAAUGCUUAUUAUGCUAUAGAUAAUAACAAAGAAACUAAUGCAAAUAUCCACCCAUGUACACACACAACUUUUGAACCUAACCCAUGGUGGAAGGUGGAUUUGUUGGUGGUGUAUAAAAUUAGCAAUGUAAUCAUCACUAACAGAGGUGACUGCUGUCCAGAACGGAUAAAUGGUGCUGAGAUCCACAUUGGCAGCUCACUAAUCAACAACAGCAACAAUAACCCCAGUUGUGCUGUUAUAGCUAGUAUUCCUGCUGGUGCUUCUGUAACAUACACCUGCAAUAUGCAGGGUCGUUAUGUGAACAUCUUCAUUCCCAUUGCUGGCCAGGUUCUCGCAAUCUGUGAAGUGGAAGUUUAUGGGGUUGCAGUCCCUGUUUCUAAGAAGGCAUUUUUGAAAUUGAAGUUUAACAGCAAUGAAGAUCUCAGCAACCCUACAGUAAGGGACACAAUUCUUCAAAAGAUCAAAUCUGCCAAUGUGCCGGUAGUUAAUGUUCGUUGGACAAAGGAACCACAACUUGAAACUAAAACUUAGAAAAAGG